CCCGUUUCUGUCUUCUUGGACUCUGCAGUCUUCCCCAGGUCUCUCUCCUUGUAAAACCCAUAUUUCAUUUCUUCUCUCUUAUGUUGUCUCUAUGAUGGGGUUUAUUUUGGGUUUGCAAUGAUUACUGUUUUUUAAUUUUAGUUGGCAUUCUUCUUUGAUCUUGAAUUGCGUUAUCUGGUUGCUGUAGACUUUCUACUUGAUGCAUUUUGGCUGUUAAUGAUGGGUUUAUCUCUGUGAUUCUGAAUGGUAUAUGGGAAACUUGUUCAAUUUGUGCUGCACCCUUAAUGGGGAUUUUGUGUGCUUGGUUUUCUGAGCGGUAGACAGUCCAGCAUUUCUUCAUUUUGAAUUUCUAGCGAUAACCCACUUGUGAGAUUUUGCUGUUGUUAUUCUUUGUUCAUUGGCCACUCCUGGAUUGACCCUGAUGGGUUCAGAAGGAAAAGUUGCUGUGGAUUGAGAGUUUGAGGUUUGGGGGGUUUUAAUUUCUUAGAAAUUUAUUGGCUUGAUCACUUUGUUUGUAAGUGUUGCUGUUUGUAAGAUGGCGACUUGUAUGUCACCAUACUUUACACCUUCUGAUACUAGAACAACGGGAGUGCUAACUGUUUUUGGAGGGAGAGUGUCAAAGGAGAACUAUUUGGGCAGAGUUUGUAACUUGAAAGUGUCUGAUGGGAAGAGUGGGAGUGGUUUUUCAAGUGCUAGCCAAAAGUCCUCUAUGCCUCAUGUCAGAUGUUCUGCUAACUCCCACAGUGUCAGUCCAUAUCACAACAAAGACCCUUUUCUUAAUCUGCAUCCAGAAGUCUCAAUGCUUAGAGGUGAAGGAAACAACACAGUUAUGAAUCCAAGAAAUGAUAAAUCUAGUCAAAGUGUCAUUGAGAGCUUGGGAGACACAUCUACUCCAAGUGGCUAUAAUGAAGCCAAGAUCAAAGUUAUUGGUGUUGGAGGUGGUGGGUCAAAUGCUGUUAAUCGCAUGAUAGCGAGUGCAAUGAAGGGUGUGGAAUUCUGGAUUGUCAAUACUGAUGCUCAAGCCAUGAGAAUGUCACCUGUCUUUCCUGAGCAUCGCUUACAGAUUGGCCAGGAGUUAACCAGGGGUCUUGGUGCUGGUGGGAACCCAGAGAUUGGCAUGAAUGCUGCCAAAGAAAGCAAAGAGUCAAUACAAGAGGCACUUUAUGGUGCUGAUAUGGUCUUUGUUACUGCUGGAAUGGGUGGAGGGACUGGAACUGGUGGAGCUCCUAUCAUUGCUGGAGUGGCAAAAUCAAUGGGUAUUUUGACUGUUGGUAUAGUCACAACCCCUUUUUCUUUUGAGGGAAGAAGGAGGGCUGUUCAAGCACAAGAAGGAAUUGCUGCUCUCAGAGACAGUGUUGACACCUUGAUUGUUAUUCCAAAUGACAAGCUAUUGACUGCAGUUAACCAGUCUACUCCAGUAACUGAAGCAUUUAAUCUGGCUGAUGAUAUCCUUCGGCAAGGUGUUCGUGGUAUCUCUGAUAUUAUUACGGUACCUGGGCUGGUAAAUGUGGAUUUUGCAGACGUGCGAACUAUAAUGGCAAAUGCAGGCUCAUCAUUGAUGGGAAUUGGAGCUGCAACUGGCAAAUCAAGGGCAAGAGAUGCUGCAUUAAAUGCUAUCCAAUCACCUUUGCUAGAGAUUGGUAUAGAAAGAGCUACUGGAAUUGUGUGGAACAUCACUGGUGGAAGUGACUUGACCUUGUAUGAGGUGAAUGCUGCUGCUGAGGUUAUUUAUGACCUUGUGGAUCCAACUGCAAAUCUGAUAUUUGGAGCAGUGAUAGAUCCAUCUCUUAGUGGUCAAGUGAGUAUAACCCUCAUUGCUACGGGAUUCAAACGCCAAGAAGAAAGUGAGGGGAGGCCCUUGCAGGCAAGUCAGCUAGCACAAGGAGACGUCAAUCUUGGUAUUGGUCGCCGACCUACCUCUUUCAAUGAAGGUGGUUCUGUAGAAAUCCCUGAGUUCCUUAAGAAGAAAGGACGUUCACAGUAUCCAAGAGCUUGAAUGAUUUUUCUUUUCUCUCAACCCAUGUAGUUAUGCAUCUUGACAUCUUUCUAGUAUCCCUUUUGAGGUAUUAGUGUGUAUGCCUCUUGGAUAUACUUUACGUUAGUCAUAGGUUCUAAAUAGCAUGUUGUCUUGGUGCAGUUGCGGCCACUGCGAACUACGAAGUACCUUAUGUUCACCCCAUUUCAAUAAGUUUAGGAGUCUACCCCAUAAACCUCGUUUGUUUGUACAGAGUAAGAAUUUUGUGGAAGGGAAAAUUAUAUUUUUGUUUC